GAGAACGUGAAAAAGAGUUACACUUUCAUGCAUACAGAAUGUGGGCAAAUGCGAGGUUUAUUAAAUGAAACCUGUCUCCAAGAAAGAGUGUUACUGCUCAGGCAUGGCUUAACGGUGGCUAUGAAUGAAGGAUGGUCAAAUCACGUUGAUGGGUAUGUAAUCUAGCUGGAACGGUGUUGUAAAGCUAUCAGCUUGAUAAUUAAACUAUCUCAACUUCCAACCAUUCUGAAUCCCACUUUACCGGAGAAAAGCCUAGUCGUCGAUAAGCUCCUCUAUAUAUAUUCACCCAUGGAAGACUCCCGUUCUGCGUUCACGAUCAAGGUUUUUAGCGGUAAUGGAGUCCCUCAGAUUUAUUUGGUUGGCUGUGUUCGUUGCUUUGCUAUUAUGCUGUGAGUCUGUCGAGAGCAGAAAAUUACUAGAGGAGAAUAAGGGUGGGGAAGACAAGAAACCUCAGUGGUUUCUCGAUGGUGUGGGGAACCCAGGGUUGGUUGGCGGUGGUUUUGGAGGUUUUGCUGGUGGAAAAGGGUUGAGCUCUGGUCAUUCUUUUGGUUUUGGGAAGGGAGAGGGUUUCAGUUUGGGUACUGGAAGCCCUGACAUUGGUAUUGCUAAGCCUGAUUGUGUUGGAAAAGGUGGAGGAGGUGCUGGUGGCGGUGGUGGGGGUGGUGGAAUUGGUGGAGGGAUUGGAGGUGGUGGCAAGCACCAUGAGAAGAAGAAAAGGCAUAAUCAUGGCGGUGGAGGAUUUGGAGGCGGUGGUGGUAUUGGUGGAGGAGGAGGCAUUGGCAAAGGAGGUGGCGGUGGAUUUGGAGGUGGUGCUGGUGGAGGGAGUGGAGGAGGUGUUGGUGGUGGUGCUGGAGGAGGAAUAGGUGGUGGUGGCGGCUUCGGGGGAGGUAUUGGGAAAGGAGUUGGAGGUGGAGUAGGUGGCGGUGCAGGUGGAGGAUUUGGAGGAGGUAUUGGCAAGGGAGCUGGUGGAGGAAUGGGCGGUGGAGCCGGUGGAGGUGGUGGCUUUGGGGGAGGUAUUGGAAAAGGAGAUGGCGGAGGAUUUGGAGGCGGUGCAGGCGGAGGAUUUGGAGGCGGCAUUGGCAAGGGAGCCGGUGGAGGUGUGGGCGGUGGAGUUGGCAAGGGAGCUGGUGGAGGAAUGGGCGGUGGAGCCGGUGGAGGUGGUGGCUUUGGGGGAGGUAUUGGAAAAGGAGUUGGCGGAGGAUUUGGAGGCGGUGCAGGCGGAGGAUUUGGAGGCGGCAUUGGCAAGGGAGCCGGUGGAGGUGUGGGCGGUGGAGGUGGUGGCGGAUUCGGAGGCGGAGGAGGUAUUGGUGGUGGAGGUGGGGGAGGAGGCUUUGGCGGAGGAGGUGGUGGUAUUGGUGGGGGAGGCGUUGAGGGUGGGCAGUAGAGAUGGAUUUGGUGGCAGAAUCCAUGGACAGGAAAGUAGGAAUCUGCUAUUGCCGACUGCUUGCAACUUUAUGUUCCUUUAUCACCUUCAUAAAGACUGUAUCUAUCUGAAUAAUCUCUUUCAUUUAUUAAUUUUCCUAAUGUUGCUCCUAGUUAUCAACUUCAUGUUCACUAUUUUUAAACUAGUUUAUGAAGUAAUAUGAGCAUGAGCAGAUGAUUGUGAAAUAUUUUAAUUACUAAUAUCAUCUUCUGAAAUUA